AUGGCACCGUCAGAGGAGUCCAUUCUGAGCAACUUCUUGCUCUCCCCUGCUCCAUUGCCCACAGUCAUGUCGCUGCAGAAAUUCACCGAGCUCUUCCCGAAGCGUCUGCAGUCUCAUCCGCACAUCCGGGCGUUGUACCGGGAGCUGCAGCAAGUCCGGGAACAUGACAUGGACCGAGUCAAUGAGAACAUUGACGAAGAACUCAAACAAGGCGAGAAGCAAAAGGCUGAGCUCCGCAAGGCCAGUGCAGCUGCGGGCGUGGACCUCUCCAAUAAGGACGAGCAGCGCGAGCUGGACAUGGAUCUUCAUUUGUUCGGUCAGGCCUCUGCUGGUGCCGGUACCGAGGAUGUCCAUUCUGUGGCAAGUCUGCUGGCCGAGAUGGAGACGGCCUGUGCCACUAUCGAGCGCGAGAUUGCCACAGUUGACCAAGAAGCGACGGCCAUUCUGGGGCAGAUCAACACGACUGUUGGUGACAUGAGCGAUCUUCGCUAUGGCAAGCUGCAGGGCCCGGCUGGUACUGCUGACAGCAUGGCCGAUGAAACGAUCAAAGGCCUGCAGAAUCUCGAGGAUGCUUGCUAUCGAAAUAGCACAUAG